UUCUGUGUGGUGUCGAAGCGAUUUCGCAAAAACUACAUCCAUCGGUUCACCGGAACGAAAAGUCUGUUCUGCUUCACCCCGUGGAGCCCCACCCGACGUGCCUGCGUGUAUCUGGCGACGAACCAGUUCUUCGACUACUUUGUAAUGGCCACCAUUCUGUUCAACUGCAUCUUCCUGGCAAUGUCCGAAACGAUCGAGGAAGCAGAGUAUAUAUUUUUAGCAAUUUACACUUCCGAAAUGAUAAUCAAAAUGAUAGCUAAGGGUUUUAUAUUGAAUAAGUACACUUACCUGCGGAAUCCGUGGAAUUGGCUGGAUUUCGUGGUGAUCACCAGCGGGUAUGCGACAAUCGCACUGGAUGUCGGCAAUCUGGCCGGUUUGCGGACGUUUCGAGUGCUGCGGGCCCUGAAGACGGUGUCGAUAAUGCCGGGUUUGAAGACAAUCAUCAACGCGCUGCUGCACUCCUUCAAACAAUUGGCGGAGGUCAUGACGCUUACAAUAUUUUGCCUAAUGGUGUUUGCCCUGUUUGCACUGCAGGUGUACAUGGGCGAACUGCGUAACAAAUGUGUCAAAAACAUGCCGGAAGGUUGGAACAUUACCCACGAGGAAUGGCGGAUGUGGGUGAACGAUACGGACAACUGGAUAAUCGAUGACGAGGGUUUGCCAAUGCUAUGCGGGAACCUAACCGGAGCUCGCCACUGUCCACCAGAGUUCACAUGCCUCUGCGUGGGCGACAAUCCGAACCACGGAUACACCAACUUCGACAAUUUCAUGUGGUCGAUGCUGACAACCUUCCAGCUGAUUACGCUCGAUUAUUGGGAGAACGUUUACAACAUGGUACUAGCGGCAUGCGGCCCAAUGAGCGUUUCGUUUUUUACCGUCGUAGUGUUUUUCGGUUCAUUUUAUUUGAUCAACUUGAUGUUAGCCGUAGUAGCUCUCAGUUAUGAGGAGGAAGCUGAAAUUACCCAGGAGGAACGACGGAAGGAUCUGAUCGACCAUCGGGAUGAUUCGACGUUCAGCUUCGAUCCGGCUAGUUUGAAUGUUAAGCAAUUAAGUAAGCAGCAGCGAAAGAAACUAGACGCCCGGAAAGGAGUUCUGCUGGCGUCCUACUCGCGGAAGAAGACCCGACGGAGAAAAAAAGGCAAGGAAAACUGCGGCGGACGGAAUGAGAACAAUUAUUCCAAAAGUCGCUCGGUGACACCGAGUCCCAGUCCGAGUCCGAGGCACAGCAUAGUGAGACCACAGGCACUAGCACUGCAGCGAACAAAAGGAAUGUUGGCGACGACGUCGAAUGUGACGCCCCCGCUGCCGCCCACUCAGCACCAGAAUCCCAACACGUUGCACCCUUUAGGUCCUCACUAUCGAGGCCAGCUGUUACCGUCGAGUCGCCAGGCCAGCUCCAAUGCCAGCGAGGGUGGCGUCAAUCGGGAGUCUUCCCUCGACGAUUCCGGCGUGGUGGAUGACCACGAAGAGCAGGACGUCAUCGGUACCGAACUGGUGCAUCCCGCUAUGGUGGAGCAGCGCGAAGUAACACCGGUCACAUUGGCGUUAUCACCGCGGGAAGUUAGAAUAAUAAAAUGUAACGGUAAUUUAGCGAAGGUUAAAAAGCCCAACGUUUAUGCCCUCCACCCGGAAUACUUAUCGCAAAUUGUUGUACUAGACGAUCUUCCUGAUAGAAAUUGUGAUAGAUGUGUUCAGUGUUGCAUCAACUACGAAAGGUGGUUGCAGUUUCAGAAUUGUUUAUACAAAAUUGUUAAGGAUCCAUUGUUCGAAUUAGGGAUCACACUAUGUAUUGUUUUAAAUACAUUGUUUUUAGCGUUAGAGCAUCACGGUAUGAAUGCGAGCGUGCGUGAUGCGUUAGAUAUUGGCAAUAGGGUUUUUACAUCGGUUUUUACACUCGAGUGCAUAUUGAAAGUGUUGGCCCUUUCGAAGGAUUUUUUCUUAUGUGGCUGGAACAUAUUCGACCUGAUUAUCGUUUCAGCCAGUUUGCUCGACCUAAUCUUCGAACUGAUGGAGGGCCUAACUGUGCUGCGAGGGCUAAGACUGUUACGGGUACUAAAACUAGCACAAUCAUGGACCACGAUGAAGGUCCUGCUAAGUAUUAUCAUAUCCACAAUAGGUGCUUUAGGUAAUUUGACGUUCGUGUUGGUGAUUGUUAUCUAUAUAUUUGCCGUUAUCGGAAUGCAAUUGUUUUCCAAAGACUACACGCCAGACAAGUUUGCACCGGAUCCGGUGCCAAGGUGGAACUUUAACGACUUUUUUCAUUCCUUCAUGAUGAUUUUUCGCAUCCUGUGCGGAGAAUGGAUUGAGCCACUCUGGGACUGCAUGCGGGCAGAAGAAGAGCAAGGAGCCUCGACGUGUUUCGCAAUAUUUUUACCGGCACUUGUGAUGGGAAACUUUAUGGUUCUCAACUUGUUCUUGGCCUUGUUGCUCAACAGUUUCAAUUCGGAGGAGCUGAAAUCGAAAAAGGAGAGUUUCGAACAGGAAGUCGGCGAGGACUCCAAGUUGGCCCGCAGCUUCGAACGCAUUCGUUCGAUUGUCCGGAAAAAGCGAAAUGCCAGCAAGGAAAAGAACGAAAACGAUACCAACACCAGGCUGGAAAAGUUGGUCAACGAAAUCGUCAUCAAGCAGCGCGAGGAGAAGAAAAAGUACACUGCCGCUCUGGUGGCUUCCAAGGAUUCGACCAUAGUGCUGCCGACGGACUUCCGACCGGUACAGAGUGGCCCAGUGUAUGGACCUAGUUAUCAGGAGACCAUGAUACAAAGGAUACCAUCGGCAGAACUCUGCUAUGAGAUUCCUCUGAAAGAUCGACCGCUACGGACGAUCUCCGGCAGUCAGGAGACAGUCUCCCAGAUGGACGACCGUCAGCUACCCGAUGACAGCCAAGCCCCGAUGACCGAGGUGGAGCGAAAAAUCCUCCAGCAGAUGUCUUCCGGCUUCGGCACCCAGCAAAGCAAAGACGAACCGACGGUAACGGAAUCGCUCGAGUUACGUACUUUUAAUCCAAUCAGUUCUUCCGAGAUCGACCCGAACGAACAGUCGAUCCACAUUUCCGGUUCGCAACCGUACGACGUCGCAUACCUGCAGUACCAAAAGUCGUUGCUAAACCGAUCGCCCAGCUAUCGUAAGUCGCUGGACAAAACGUCAUCUCGAACUUCCAGUGCGCACUCAUUGGCCACCUCACUGGCCAAAUGCCACUCACCGCUAGUGCAGGAGGUGCUGAAUGCCGGUUCAACCUACCUUCGUAAUAGCAAUAUCUCGCUCAUUCGAACGCCAACGCCAAUACCUAGACGUGAAGAUAAUCAUUUUUUAGUAGCCGAUAGAAAAAGUAGUUUAGAUAAAUCGUUAACGGCCUCUCCUCCCCAGCCGGCAUCCCAGCCGUACAGCCAACAGCGAUCGCCAAGUACUAGCAGUAGCAUGCGUAAAGCGGUGCUGGCCGCUAAUAGACUCUCGGAUCACUCGCUCAACACACUUUCGAUUGAUCAGGACGAACUGCUUAACCAGAUGAAUCUGAAGGACGAGCUGCUCAAUUGUGAGCAAAAGGAGUUGUUUCAGUUCCUCAACGAUGAUUUCGACAAUAGUAACAAUUAUUUCAGCGACACGGUAGGAUACGGCAGUGCGGUAGUCGAUGCGGACACGGAAAGUCUGUUGAUGAACAGUUCGCACUCCAGAAAGGAGGAACUCAUAUACUCACCCGAUCGGAAGAUCUCCAACGGUAGCCUAAAAUCUAAUUUAAGUAGUAUAUCAAAUUCGAUAUUUCAAGCGCUGGAGAAUCGCCGAGGAGGCAGCAUAAAUGAUUCCGUAGAAAAACAACGGCCAACAAUUGACGUGGACAGCGGCAGUCUACGAUCAGGAAAGGACAGCGAAGACAAGGAGCCGCUGGUGAAAGCUUCCGAGUUUGACGCUAUCAUCCAUAGCUUUGAUACGGAACUCAAGAGUCUGAAAUCGCUCUCGUUGGGUCGUAGUCACUCGCAGACAGAACCGCACGGAUCGCCGGAACCAGAACGACGAAACUCCGACACGAGCCCUGCCAAACCUGUGAUGGAAGAAGUGGUCCGCUUGCGAAGGCCCAAAUCUAGUACCGUUUGUAGUUAUAAAAGCAGCAAAGAUAACAAUAACACUAAUGGCAAUAAUACUAGUGAUAACAAUAAUAACUGUAAUAACAAUAAUCCUAGGACUAGUACCGGUAACGAUAGUAAUAGCAGUAAUACCGAUAGCAAUACUCAGCGCAGUGAGACAUCCAAGCGGCGAAGUCUGGAAAAGCAGCGCAACAUUACGGACGAGGAGUUCAACAUGGGACUAGAAAUUAAGAAACUCUGUGAUCAAUUACAGGCACCGUUUGCUCAACACGAGCCGAACGGCGUUGGCCAGCCGCCAAUUAGUAGCAACAAUCUCAGUACAAUCCCGAUCGUGUUCCGUAGGAAAAAUGACUUCCACAGUAGCUUCGAUCGCAUCAAACGGCUCAGUCUGAUCGAGCGCGUCGAGGAAGGCAACGAAGACGAAAAGACUGUAGUGCAGGCACCGAAACCAUCGAGCGAACAGCUUCCGCGGAAGAACCUGUCCAAAGAUCGUCUGGAGACACUAUCACUCAAAAGCAGUUACAGCGUGGAAAACUGCGAGAAACCUCUGAACGAGACCAAUCGACAGAUCGGAAUAAGCAUACAGGAGUUUCAGCGAAAUAUUGCCCAGGAGAAUAGUUUGGACAUACCUAAACCUGCACCUCCGAAGAAGACUGUCACCUACGGUGACUCAUCGAGACAGAACAGCUCGGCGAUAGCAACCCCCAAGAGGACACCCUACAAAUCUUACGAAUCCGACGCCCCGUUGAACCUUGCUGGGAAGCCGUGGCACUGUCUGGUAUCUUACGUAGACGACAUCACCGUCGGUGGUCGUCGAAAUUCGCAAGGUGUCUAUGACGACCCCAUGGCAUUUCCCAGUUUCGGUCGUCGGAAAGCGCCCAAGAUACCGCAGGACUGUUUUCCACAGAAAUGCUACGAAAAAUGCAAAUGUUGGGAAGCCUGCCUAAAAACCGACGCAGGUCAGCGCUGGUAUCGAUUUCGACAGUAUAUACUGCAGUACGUCGACACCCCUGCGUUCGAGUGGUUCGUGCUGGUCCUCAUAUUUGCAUCGAGCAUCACCCUCUGCUUCGAGGACAUCCACCUGGACAAGAACAAAGCCCUGAAGCGGAUCCUGUACUGGACCAACUUCGCCUUCUGCUUGAUAUUCAUCAUCGAGAUGUUGCUCAAAUGGGUUGCCUUGGGGUUUACCAAGUAUUUCUCCAGUUUCUGGACGAUACUGGACUUUAUCAUCGUAUUUGUACCUAAUACGGACAUUUUUCUCGCCACGACACACGCUCUUUUUUCUUUUUCUUUUUCUCUUUCUCCACGCACCGGCGGUUCUGCUCUUAUCACGGCUCGUCCACAGGUGUCGGUAUUCUCACUGCUGAUCGAGGAGAACGAAAACUUGAAAGUACUACGCUCGCUAAGAACGUUGCGCGCUCUGCGGCCUCUGCGAGCUAUAUCCCGAUGGCAGGGUAUGAGAAUAGUAGUGAAUGCAUUGAUGUAUGCGAUCCCGUCGAUCUUCAAUGUACUCCUAGUAUGUCUCGUCUUCUGGCUGAUCUUCUCGAUCAUGGGCGUACAGUUUUUUGGCGGGAAGUUCUUCAAGUGCGUUGACGAUGAAGGCGAACUGCUGCCAAUCGACAUCGUUAACGAUAGGUGGCAGUGUGACGCACUCAACUACAGCUGGAUCAACUCCAAGAUCACGUUCGAUCACGUUGGUAUGGGGUACUUGGCUUUGUUUCAAGUGGCCACAUUCGAAGGCUGGAUGGAAGUGAUGGCAGACGCCGUGGAUGCCCGAGGCGUAGAUCUUCAACCACAACGAGAGGCAAACUUAUACGCUUAUAUCUACUUUGUAAUUUUUAUAGUGUGCGGGUCUUUCUUUACGCUCAAUCUGUUCAUCGGAGUUAUCAUCGAUAACUUUAACAUGUUGAAGAAAAAGUACGAAGGCGGUGUACUGGAGAUGUUUCUGACCGAAUCGCAGAAGCACUACUACACGGCCAUGAAGAAGCUGGGCCGAAAGAAGCCACAGAAAGUGAUCAAACGUCCGAUCAAUCAGUUUCUUGCAAUGUUUUACGAUCUGUCCAAUUCUAGGAGAUUUGAAAUUGCUAUCUUCGUGUUGAUCUUCCUGAACAUGCUAACCAUGGGCAUCGAGCACUACAAUCAGCCACAUGCGGUGUUCUUUGUACUGGAAGUCAGUAAUGCAUUUUUUACUACCGUAUUCGGACUGGAAGCGAUCGUCAAAAUUGUCGGUCUUCGGUAUCACUACUUCACGGUACCGUGGAAUGUGUUCGAUUUCCUGCUAGUGCUGGCAUCGAUUUUUGGCAUUCUCAUGGAGGACAUCAUGAUCGAUCUGCCGAUCUCGCCAACGCUGCUCCGUGUGGUGAGAGUGUUUCGAAUAGGACGAAUACUUCGAUUGAUCAAGGCUGCCAAAGGUAUACGAAAGCUGUUAUUUGCCUUAGUGGUAUCACUUCCAGCACUUUUUAAUAUUGGAGCACUGUUAGCGUUGAUAACGUUCAUUUAUGCCAUUAUUGGUAUGUCGCUUUUUGGGCACGUCCGGCAACAGGGAGCCCUGGAUGACAUGGUCAAUUUUGAAACAUUCGGAAGGAGUAUGCAGCUUUUAUUCCGACUAAUGACAUCGGCUGGUUGGAACGAUGUUCUGGAGUCACUGAUGAUUCAACCACCGGACUGUCAACUAGCCCAGGAUCUGUCGAACGGCGACUGCGGUCAUCCGCUGUUAGCGAUCACUUACUUCACCAGCUUUAUUAUAAUCAGUUAUAUGAUUGUAAUCAACAUGUACAUAGCUAUCAUUUUAGAGAACUUCAACCAAGCUCACCAGGAGGAAGAAAUCGGCAUUGUAGAAGAUGAUCUGGAAAUGUUCUACAUUCGGUGGUCAAAAUACGAUCCACAUGCUGGACAAUUCAUACACUUCAACCAACUAUCCGACUUUAUCGCUUCCCUAGAUCCGCCGCUCGGCAUUCCGAAGCCAAACACAGUGGCACUGGUUUCCUUCAAUCUUCCAAUAUCUAAGGGCAAUAAGAUUCACUGCCUUGAUAUUCUGCACGCUUUGGUCAAGCACGUUCUGGGUCACGUCGAGGAGACCGACAACUUUAAGCAGCUGCAGGACCAGAUGGACCAAAAAUUCAAGAAACAAUUCCCCACCCGCAAGGAACUGGAAAUCGUUUCGUCGACACGCAUUUGGAAGCGGCAGGAGAAGGCAGCCAAAACUAUCCAAACCGCUUGGCGAGAUUUCGUGAGAAUAAAAAAAGAGCGUGAACGCUCGCCGAUGUCGCUGGAUGACGAUAACACACAGUCCAGCCCAGGCGGUUGGCAUAGCAAGCUGUCGGCGCUCAACUUCCUGCAUCUGCAGGUGCACCGUCGCGGUACUGCUACCUCAAGCCGGGCAUCUUCACGCAAGUCGUCCCGCGCUUCCGACGAUUCCAAUCUAAGCGAACUGGCCGGGCCAUGGUUGAACCUUCCGCUGAUGCUAGUAUCCGGCACUAGCGAUAUGGUAAAAGAUGUCAAACAGCAGCACGCCAACGGGAUGGAGCUGAAGGACACACCUGAGGGAAAAGGUCCUCGCAGGAGAAGCUUCUAUAACUUCCCGUUUUUUCUGCGCCAUCAGGAUGCUGUAGAGGAGUCCACCAAUACGCCGCAGGCGCGCAAGCGUUCGCUGAAGGGCAGUGAAACUAACCUGGCCUUAGCGGCCGCCCUGGAAAAAUCCCCACAGACACCAGUGGCGCCAACUACUCCCACACCGAAACACAAACGGGCAACGAGUUUUGUCAAGAAAAAGCCACCCCUGGAACGUGGAUUUUCAGCACAAAGCGCCUUGAGGCUCAAUCGCAACCCAACUCUUGCUGAUGAUAGCCUUUCGGCGUCGACCGCUGAUGUUAGCAUUUUGGUAACCGAGCCAUCUCCAGAUGUACCCACAGGUCCCAACCUCAGCACGAUGCCGGGUGAAGCGACACUGGUGCACGUUUUAGUCCAUCGUGAAAGCGAAGAGUACCAAUCGGACGUAGACGACAAAGACGAGACUAAAGUGAAAGAGCCCCGUGAUCCCUCCAAAGCUAGUGAUAUUAAAAUCUCCCCUGGCACGAAUGUUGAUUAUCAAAUUCUAGGUGGCCACGAGGACGGUCCCCGGCCAGUAGUUACCAUAUGCGUCGAGAGUCCCAAAGAAUCACCGGACACUCCGGACCAGCAGAAACAGUCACCACCACAGCAGCAGGACACUGUUAUCGACAUGGUCGAUCCAGAACCAAUCGACGUCAAUCUUCCGCGCGAUACCUCCAACAUAUUUUACGACUACGAAGAACCGAAAGAAGCGCAAUCAAUACCUCCGGAAAUCCCUCCCAGGUCGCAUCCACCCCAUCCCUUACCAGAUCUGGACAAGAUCGAGUACGAUAUGGAGCAGAUGAGCAGCAGUACCAGUAGCGCGAGUAGCAAUUGCAGUAGCAGCAGUAGUGCUAGUACCAGUCACAGCAAGUCGGACGGGCAAGGUCCAGCCGGAGGUUGCGGUAAUCUGCGAAGAACUAGCUGA